CACCCGGCAGAUUUAAACAGCAAACACUGUUUCGGUUUGAGGCCGAGUGAAGCUAGCUAGGUAGGUCAGACUCACAACAAAGACCUCACCAGUUCGUUUGAAUUCGUCCAGAUCUUCCUGGACGUCCAUCGCUGGAGGGUUUUUAAUGCUCUUGGAUCGCUCGGUUUGUGGCGAAGAAAAUGAGGCUGAGGUCUCGACGCCCGGUGGUCGACCCGCAGAAGAGGAAGAACGACGACGAGCGCUGCUCCAGAGCCAACAGAAGGUCGCAGCUGACCCGCACUAAAGAGCCCACUCCGAGGAAGAUCAUAACCCUCGCCUGCGAGGUGACCGUUGACACAUGCCGCCCCGUCGGGGUCGACGCCGGUAGCCCCGAGGUGAUGGAUUCGGUCAGCCGCGAGGGGGUCGAUCCGGUCUGCCCCGGGUCCGACGAUGAGGUUCCCAUGGCAACGAGGCGGCCCCGAGGGAGAAAGAGAGCCAUCGCCGUCGAGGACGUCGGCGCACGAGGCAAAGAACCGGGCUUCAGCACGCCCGUCAGACCGCUCACCCAGCGCUGCCUGUCGCUGAUGAAGCCAGAGCGGAGCCGGCCCCGGAGCUCCGCGUCCGGGAGCUUCUACUCGCCCCUGUCCCGUUUCCUCACGCCCAGCAAAGAGAACAGCAGCAGUCCCAGUGAGGACCGGGACAUCCUGAUGAGUCCAGAGCGCUUCGUGUUCGGCUACGGGGCCAUGGGUCUGCUGGCCGGGGAGGAGGAUGCCGAAGACGUCUUCAGCCCCUUCACCUUCAUCAAGAACAUCCCAGCCCGCUCGGAACAGUACAAGCCCAGCCUCCGCGACAUCCCCCCCAAGAUGAGGAGCACGCCUAACGGCACCUUAGUGCUGGACCUGGAUGAGACGCUCCUCUUCAGCUCGCUGAAUGUGAUCGAGAACGCAGACUGCACCUUCAACACCACCUUCCAGGACCACCAGUACAAGGUCUACGUGGUGCUCCGUCCGCACGUCAAGGACUUCCUAAAAGCGAUGGCCAAAGUCUACGAGAUGUUCGUUUACACGUCUGCCAAGAAGGCGUACGCAGAGAAGCUGCUGGACAUUCUGGACCCUCAGAGGAAACUGUUUCGCCAUCGGCUGUACCAGGAGCAUUGCACUUGCGUGAUGGGCCACUACAUCAAGGACCUCAACAUGCUGGAGCGGGACCCCAGCAAGACGGUGAUCCUGGACAACGCCCCACACACCUACCCCUACCACCUGAUGAACACGGUUCCCAUCAAGAGCUGGAGCGGAGAGCAGGACGACCGCGAGCUGCAGAGGCUGGUCCACUACAUGGAGAAGCUGUCGUCAGCGGUCGACUUCCGGGACGUUCUGAAGAGACGGAAGGACCACAUCCAUCGGCUGUUGUCCGAAGACUGAGGGGGAGACGACCCCCAGCGUUGUUUGGCUGCGUUACCGCGACAACGCCGCGUCCGCUUGCGUUACCGCGGCAACGGGUCUCACCCGCCCGCCCGCCCGGACUGACACAGCCCCGGAUCCGCUGUGUUCCCAUGGCAGCAGCUUUCAGAAGACCUCAAACUUGCUGCGUUGCUCACUGUUACCGUGGCGACGCUGUCUGAGGACUUGAGUUCGGGGUCACUGCUUCACCGUGACGCAACCCCUACUGCUGUCCCCUCUGCUUACUGCAGUCACUCCUCUCCGCUUGAAACUCGUAAAACCAACAUUAUUCAAUGAUACAAUCACCCGCCUUAUCUGUGCGGUGACUCGGACCAUAACUUGAAAUUGUGCGAUAAUUUGUCACCUGUCAACUGCCGUUUCACGUGCACCCUUUUCCACCAGCUAACAGUGAACCACCAAUGUGUAAAUAAUUAUUAAACCACAACCUUGAAAUACCCUGUUUAAAUUAAUUUGUUGAUUUUGCCGGCAAACUGAAUGCUCUUGUGUAUAAAAUGUACCAUUGUUGUAUACAAAAUAUUAAAAUCCUUGAGAAAAUUUUAUGCAAAUCAA